AUGGAAAAUAUUGAUUAUAACAAUUGUUUCGAUCUCUAUUUUAGCGAUUCUGAUAUUGAAUCUGCAGAUGAAAUAAAAAACUUUCCUAUUCUUAACUUCAAUGAUAAUACAUACCAAAAUGUUAAAAACCAAAUAUUACAGCUGAAUAGUAAUGAUGAUAAAGAUUAUGACCUUAAUAAUGAAAUGGAAGAAAAUAUAUUACUUGAUGAGUUAGAUGAAGGAAUUGAUGAAGUUUUAUCAGAUAAUCCCAUAAAGAAUAAUAAAUACACCCCUUAUAAGAAAAACUUAUAUCAACAAAUACAAAGAAGUCAAGAUAAAAUUGAACGACUAUUGAUUCUUGAUAAAUUUAUUGAUCAAAUAAUAAAUAUUGAUGACUAUGUGACACCAGAUCAACAUGAACAGCUAUGGACUUUAAGUGAACAAAUAUAUAAUACAUUUCAAGAUCCAGAUCCUAAUAAUCAUUCUCUUUUUGAAUAUACAACUCAAAAUACUACAGAAGGUUACUUCAAGAUAGAAACUUGUUAUCAACAUAGAGUAGAAUAUAUGCAAAACCUUCUUGCCGAAGAAGUUUAUUUAACUAAAAAAAAAAAUCCAAAGAAAGAGCAACUAAAUACUUGA